GCACACUUGACGCGCGCGCUGCACACCGUCGCUCUCCCUCAUCAUCCCCUCCUUUCCCACCCCCUUCUCCCUCCCACUCCCAACGCCACCACCAUCACCACACUCCUCCACCUCAACAACCACCACCACUACAACCUACCUGCAUUGCCGCUGAGCUCCGUGGCUUGACCAGCGCAGAAAUCCACACAGGAUCGUCUUGCCCCGACUAGAUCCCUCCCGUUGGAACUAUCGCCCCCAGCCCGCCGUCUUGGGCCCUUGUCUGGUUUCGCAUCUGUCCUGCGCGCUCUCUCGUGGGGUGCGCAACUCUAAAUCUCAAGAUAGCAACACCGGCAAACACCCCACGAACCAUCGCCCUGUUCUCUGCCUGCUCUGUCCUAGUCUGUGCCACACGGUCUCUUCGAGAUGUCGGCGCAUACUGUUUGUUGAUAAUUUUAGCAGUCGGGUGUGCUUCGAGAACAUCUGCAACCAUCUUGGCCAGACAAGUCCUCAGGACUGCCCAUCGCGACUACGUCUCAGGUUCUGAUAUUUGAACGAGGCCGAGCCCCGACCUUGGGAACAGACUCACCUCAGCUCGGCAAGCUGCGAAGCCUCUUCGACAGAGACACACCAGCACCGGAUCACAGGCAAGCGACACUUGUCGGCUUUGUUAUCUCAUCCACCACCCUCAACACCAACACCUCCCAUCUUUGGCCCCCUUGCCAAAGACUCACCGCCAAGAUGAGAAUCGGCUGCCUCCAGUUCGCCCCCCAUGUUGGCGACCUCGACAACAACUUGAACCGUGCCGAUGCCGUCCUCAACCGGGCGGACCCGCGUGAUCUCGAGGACCUGGAUAUCCUUGUGCUGCCUGAGAUGGCCUUCACUGGCUACAACUUCAAGUCGCAGUCGGAGAUCACUCCAUUCCUUGAAGUUGCCGGCUCGGGCAUCAGCGCGCUCUGGGCCCGCACUACGGCCCUCAAGCUGGACUGCAAAGUGGCAGUCGGCUAUCCCGAAAUGGUCGAGGCCCCGUCCAGCUCGCCCGAGUAUUACAACUCGCUCCUGGUGGUCAACGAGGACGGCGAGACGGUAGCCAACUACCGCAAACAGCACUUGUACUAUACGGAUGAGCCCUGGUCCCUCGAAGGGACCGGCGGCUUCUUCGAGGGCGAGAUCGAGGGCUUGGGCCAGACGGCGAUAGGCAUCUGCAUGGAUAUCAACCCGUACAAGUUCCAGGCGCCUUGGCACAAGUUCGAGUUCGCCUUCCACGUGCUCGACUCCAACGCCAACGUGGUCGUCAUCUCGAUGGCCUGGAGCACCCUCGACAGUCGCGAGACCUACUGCAGCAGGCCGUACGAGCCUGAUAUGGCCACGCUCGAGUACUGGGCUCAGCGCAUGGAACCCCUGAUCCGCGCCGAGCGCGAAGACGAAAUCAUCCUCAUCUUCGCCAACCGCUGUGGCAUCGAGGACGACGCCCUGUACGCCGGGACUUCGGCCGUGAUGGGAAUCCAGGACGGCGAGGUCAAGGUGUAUGGGGUGCUUGGACGCGGCGUCAAGAAGCUGCUUGUUGUCGACACCGAUGACGGGCCGUUCGCCAAGCUCGUCAGCCGCCCUGGCAGAGCGAGCGCGGGGGAGGAGCAAGAGGUUAUGGACGAGGACAUCAACGCGGACGAAUCGCGCUCAGUACCUCCCACGCCUGCCGGCGAGCCCCUAGUGGAGGGGGAACGCAGCCUUGGCGAUGCCGGGACACCUUCCGCGGCCGUGCAUGUCCCCACAAACAAGACAUCCACUCUCAAGGACCCUGAAGAAUCUAUGCCUCCCAAGGGGUCCACUGAAGGAUCGCCCCGAGCCGACAGUCCGAUCCUCAACUCGGCCCGACCGCUCCUGACCAUCUCGACGAGCGUGUCCUCAUCGCCGACCAGAAUCCCCCCAGUCGUUGGGGGUGUGACUUCUGCCGGCACUCUCACCCCGCCGCCGACGGGCGACUUCCCCGAGGCAUUUUACCAGGACGCUGCGAGGCAGGACCAGCUGCAGUCGGCCGCGCCGAACCUUUAUACCCCUGAGGAGCCCCAGUGGCCCACUCGGGAAAUGCCCGAGGUUCGCCCAUCACCGCCUCGUGAGCUGCCGGACGCGCCGCCUGCACUGUCACCUGCCAGCACCGACAUGGCCGAGCUCUCAGUCUCGCAGGGUGCCCCAGCCGGCGAGGGUAGCUCGGGAGUUGCUUUUCCGGAGCCGAGGGAGGACGGGCAGGCUUCGCUCCCGCCUCUGGAGAUACCGCUUCCCGAGAGCGUCCUCCUUCCUGCCGAGUCUGAUGAUCCCGUUUCCGACGCAGAGGACGAGGUCCUUACUGCGAUACCGCCUGAAUCAGCAACCGGUGAGGAGUUCCCGCUCAUCCUGGUCAACAGCGGUACAGACGGCCUUGCCAGGCGGAAUAGCGGCAUGUCGGAAACUUCCAUCUCGAUCGGCGUUGAUGGCGGCAAGGACGUGGUGGUGGUUCAGCUGCGAGAAUCGCCCGCCAGGGACGCGAGUACCCCUUCCAAUUCAUCGCAGCCGCGGGUUGUUACCGUGACUUUCAGCAUAUGACGAGCUGUGUGAUGAUUGAUGAUGGCGAUGGUGAAAGCGGUCAAGGCUCUCUCGUCUUUUCUUAUGGUAUCUCACGGUUGAUGAUGUUUGCGCCUUUUGGAUGGUUGAAUCGGUAUUUAGUUGCAAUCGUUGGCUUGGGUUUGGAACAACAGUCGUUGACGCAGGCGAGCGAUAUCGGGGUUUCUUAUCUGUCUUUUUUCUAAUUCCAUAUGUCGGUCAGCUUGUGUUCUACUUGAUCUUUCGAAGCGAAUCCAUCUGCUAUUUGAGGCGCAGGUGUCUGGUUAGCGCCAAAGAAACUUAUGGCGUGCGUGGAGUGGUCUCUGUUUUUCCAAUUUCAUUUGGCGCACAAAAAGGACGAACGAGCUUCGAGCUUGUUUAUCGAGGGCGUGUACAUUGAUAGAUUUCCACUAUAUGGGAGGCAACGGCAUCGGAAGGAGUCGUUCAAACAUGGAGCCA